AUGGUCAGACGCUUGAAGCACCACGAGAGCAAGCUUUUGAGAAAGGUCGAUUUCACGACCUACAAGUCCGACAACAACCACCGCGAUGCCGCCGUAAUCCGUCGCUAUGCCAUCCAGAAGCCCGAAGACUACACCAAGUAUAACCGCCUAUGCGGCAGCCUGCGCCAGCUCGCCCACCGCCUCUCAGAUCUCGACCCCGCCGAUCCCGUCCGCUUAAAACACGAGAAGUUGUUAUUAGAGAAGCUCGAGGACCUAGGUAUUCUCAGUACUGGCACCGGCUCGCGCAAGCUUAGCGACGUCGAAAAGGUUACCGUCUCCGCCUUCGCCCGCCGCCGUCUAGGCGUCGUUAUGACCCGCCUGCACAUGGCCGAUACAGUCCAGGCCGCUAUUAAAUUUAUCGAGCAAGGCCAUGUCCGCGUAGGCCCCGAGGUCAUCACCGACCCAGCGUUCCUGGUCUCAAGGAACCUAGAAGACUUUGUGACUUGGGUCGACUCAUCCAAGAUCAAGCGCAACAUCCUCAAGUACCGCGACCAGUUGGACGACUUCGACCUGGACAUGGCAUAG